UAUGUCCAGGGCAUUCGGCUCCAGCAGGACUGGUGGCCACCAUGGUGCUGCCAUGGAUGGGAGGGGUGUGCUGGGAUGCCAGGCUGGUGGGCACCAUUGGAGGGAAGGAUGGCAGCCCUGACCUCACCAUGCCACUUGCUGCAAGGCUGUGUUCUCCCCCACAUCACAGUGCAACACUUCCUCUUCCUGUGGUGGCCCGUUGCAACUUGCAAUGAGCACUGGUGAGGCCACCGAGCCUGGGAGCAGACCUUCACCUGGCCGUGCUCAGCAGCACUUUGAGGAGGACCGUGUUGCAGACCCUGAAGGUGUUGCAGCAGCAGAGAGCAGCUCCUCCUCCAGUGAAUACUGCCAGCCAGCCCUGCCUGGACCUGAGUAACUGUAACAGUGUCAGAAGCAGAGCACAGCAAUAAAGGUGGCAUGAGCAAUGCUGGGCCAGAGGUGCAUGCAGGUGGUGCUCAUCCUGUGCCUGCUGCUGGUCCUGUGGCAAUGUUUCCGAGCCCCCACGGAUGGCCUCAGCCCCUUCCCUGGGCCUCCACUGCUCCUCGACACCCCCGCUACCUGCUGCACUGCUGUUGCCAAUGGCUCUGCAUGGUUCAACACCCACUAUGACAUGGCCAUGGGGCCUCUGCUGAAGGGCACAGCCCAUGAGCUCUCCUCUGACGUGGUUCAGUGGUGGCUGACGCUGCAGGGUCACCCAAAUAGUGUCCAAGUCCAGGCCAUAAUUCAGCAGCUCUUCACUGUCUUCCGGGUCCCAACCAGUGCCCUGUGGGACCCGUCUCGCUGCAGGACUUGUGCAGUGGUGGGGAACUCGGGGCGGCUGAAGGGGUCUGGCCAUGGCCUGCAGAUCGAUGGGCACGACUGGGUGCUGAGGAUGAACAGAGCGAAGAUUGCUGGCUUUGAGCUGGAUGUUGGCACAAGAACAACCCAUCACUUCAUGUACCCAGAGAGCGCAGUGAACCUCCGGCCUGGUGUCCACCUCGUCCUUGUCCCCUUCAAGCCACUGGACCUGCAGUGGGUGGCCAGUGCCUUCUCCACUGGAGAGCUCACGCACACAUACGUGAGAGUGAAACGGUUCAUCAAAGCUGACAGAAACAAGGUGCUGAUCCUAAGCCCAGCUUUCCUCAAGUACAUCCACGACAACUGGACACAGCACCAUGGACGGUAUCCCUCCACUGGCUUCACUGCCCUGCUCUUCGCCUUGCAUGCUUGCCAGCAGGUCUCUGUAUUUGGCUUUGGAGCAGACAGUGAAGGGAACUGGCAUCACUACUGGGAGAAAAACCGCUGGUCCGGAGCCUUUCGCAGGACAAGGGUCCAUGACGCUGAUGUUGAGUUCAGCCUCAUUGAGACACUGGCAGUGGAAGGCAGGAUUUUAUUCUACAAAUGAUGCAGUUCUAAAAAACUGAAGCCAGGUCGUUAGUGCAGGAACUAACAGCCCUCUGCGCUGCCAGCAGCUGCCUUGGCUCUUUAGCUUGCUUCUCCCCCGCCAGCACUGCCACACUCCUGGGCUCACACACCCUGGAACCCCACCCAGGGUCUCAGUGCUUCUUGUGCUGGUCCCCACCAGCUGGGCGCUGUGGUUGCCGGGUGACAUGGUCCCAAAGCACCAGGAAUGCUGCAUUUGGUGGGACACAGGGUGGGCGUGGCUCUGCCCACACUGGUUGGGAGAGACAAAGGGGUGGGGGUGGGGCUGGAGCUGGGUAUGGAGCCCAUGAGCUGCUGCUGUAUGUGUCCCUGCAGCAUGUAUUACUUAUAGAAUAGCUUUCUUUCUGCAUUUUCUGAUUCUGUGCGUCACACUCACUGGGCAGCGUUGGACCAACUGCUUGGACCAAGUUUAGAGUCAAUACCACAGAAAAUCCAGAGCCAAGAUUUAAGAGUGAUGAGUUUUGCCUCAGUAUUGCCUCCACAGUAUUUUAUUUUUCCUCAUUAUCUUAAAGUGACUCCUAAUAUAAUUUCAUGUACCAAGCACUUUUACUCACUUGUAUAGAUCAUUAAAAAGAAAAAAACCACCC